CCCCUUGGUAGUGAUGGAGGUGUGUGACGUACAGCAACUUCCCUGUUGUGCAAUCGUCAAGAGACUCCCGGGGCCUAUAAGACCCCCAACGUCAUCUGGUUUCUCAGAGUCUGGAGGUUGUUUUCUCCACACACACACAGGCGGUCCAACUCAUGAACAUGAUACAGUCCGGGGUCUUCAGCUGUGCAGAUUUCUUUUAAAGGGGUCGAGGAGAAAAUGUCAAGACAUGGAUUUUAGCCAAAAGAAGCUUUGAAAAAGAGCUAGACUGUUUGGACUGGACGCUCAAUUACAUCAGCUGACCUUGGAAAACUCAAAGGAGGGAAGUUAAAUUGUGUGAGGCAACGGUACAUCCAGUUCCAUGAUGGCAAUCCCAAAUGACCUCUCCCUUUUCAACUCCACCUCUUCCCUCUAUUCGAUGAUGGAGGUUUUUGUGAACACCACCCCGACUCCCUCUGCUCCCCUCUGCUCGGACUGGCCUCCUGUGCCCAUGACCACAGUCAUCCCCACCGUGUACAGUGUGAUCUGUGUGCUGGGAACCAUAGCCAACACCUUGGCAGUGUGUGUCCUGGCACAUGGUAGUGCCUCAAGGAGAACAGUAGCUAACACCUUCAUGCUGAACCUCUGCGUGUCCGACCUGCUGUUCCUGUUGUCGCUCCCGCUGUGGGCCGUCUACUACUCCCAGGGUUACAACUGGCCCUUCGGCCGAGUAGCCUGCAAAAUCUGUGGCGCUCUCCACAACCUCAACCUCUAUGCGUCCAUCUUCUUUAUCACAUGCAUGAGCAUAGACCGCUACCUGGCCAUCGUGCAUCCACUCCGUUCCCAAAGUGCACGAGACGCCAAGCGCGCCCGGUUCACCUGCAUCCUUGUGUGGGUUCUGGCAUGUGCUUGCUCAGGCCCUACCUUAGCUCUGAGGGAGACCUACUACCUGGAUGCGCUUGGUGUGGAGGCCUGUGCAAUUUUAUAUCCUGAUCAUACCUGGUAUCGGACCCUGGCCUGGAUAAAGAUCGUUCUGGCCUUUCUUCUACCACUCUUUGUCAUCUCUUGUUGCUACUGUGCUAUUGGUAGACAUUUGUUGGUUGAUACGGGGUUGGUAAGAAUGCAGAAUGUGUCUCACCCGCACAGAAUGUCAUCCUUUAAAUCACUGCAGUCCCACGAGGGCUAUAGUAAACCGGAGAGACCCCCCACCCCUUCUGUGAGUCCCAGCUCAAGUGGGGCCAGACCCCUGGAGGGUAGGGGGCUUGAAAGGGUAUUGUGGACAGUAGCUGCAGUGGUUCUGGCAUUUUUCCUCUGCUGGUUCCCCUUCCACUGCGUGACCUUUUUGGAUGUGCUGCAAAGUGAAGGCUGGUUGGACAGCUGCUGGGUAAGCUGGAGUGUCCAAAACCUCACCCCUCUCACCCUCUGUCUGGGUUUCUCCAACUCGGCCAUCAACCCUGUGCUCUACUGCUUCAUCGGGAACCAUUUCCGUGGCCGUCUAGGAGGCUUAUGCAAGGGCCUGUGUGCUUGUUUAAAGGCCCGAGGGGAAGAACACAGCCAGAAGAGGGGCUCCUUCAGCACCAGGCUGAGCUCCUUCUCUCGAAAACUCAGUGACCUCAAAGACUUGGCGACUGUGGAGCCCUCUGGCUCUGCGUACCUGCCCCAACUCCCAGCCCUGACUCCAGCGAGGAGACUCUCUCAUCCCCUCAGUGAUAACUGCUGAACACCAAUGAGCUCGGCUGUGUGAGACGGAGCUGUUACUAAAACUGACUAAUUCAAAUUCUAGCAGAGGUCAUUUCUGCUUUACAAAAAAUAACUGUAGAUAAAACAUUUUCCACACUUGACUUGGACAGUGAUCAAGCAUCUCUUGUGAGUCACUCACAUGAUGUCAUUUCUGGCUGCAGCAGAAAUCAUUUUGGAAAAACAACAUUGUCAAAACUUAAUGUACGGUACCUGAUAAGAACCAAACAGCUGACAGACACAGUUUGUGCCUAGCAACUGAACAGAGUGGCGCAAUUAGCAGCUAAUGAAGAAGAUAUUCCCCCAGGAGUUGCUAGAAACUACAAACAAAGCUAAAACAUAACAAAUGCUGCAUAUGAAUUCACCAUCUGGAUAUAAACACAAAUCUAAACAAAUGAUCAUAUCUCUGUCCAUAGCUGCUGUAUAUAAAGAUGAUUUAUUCACAGCUUGUUUUAUAGCCCCACAGAUUAAAAAAAAAAAUCUGUUAGCUAUAAGCAGUGCAAGCUACAUCUAUGCUAAUUUAAGAUUUUUAAGCAUUGCUUUGGUUUUUAUGUUCCUCUAGCCCAAAUCACUAUGAAAUAUAAGAAACUACAUUGUGUUGCUGUGUUGCUAUGUUGGGUAAUCAGACCAUAUUAUUUAAAAAGUCUAGUUGAUAAUUUAGCGUUAGCCAAGGCUAGCUCUAGACAUCUCACUAGCUAGCAUUAAUUUAAUAGUGCGCUUUUUAAGUGUGGUUUGUUCUUAUACAAAUGUUAUAUCCUAUAUUUUUCUAAAAGGAAAUAUCUCAUUGUAUAAUAAUACUUUAUAUGGUUAAGCAAAUGUAGUAAGUUAAUAAUUGUUUUUGUGGAGCAUAACAAGCUAAAAAAGAAAUACAUCAAUUUCACAAAAGGGUCUACUUUUCCUCUUUUUGGGGGAGCAAAAUAUCAUAUGUGUACUUGACAUUUAUCUGUAUGUAUUCUGUAAAGACUUGGGAAAAGAAAUAAAGCAAAAACCACUUUCCAUAUGCCACUUCCUUUGCUUGA